AUGUAUCCUGCCACAAAGUUACUUUUUGGUGGGGGUGAGAAAAUUGCCUUCAUGGUAGCACUAGGACUGGUUACAACAGAACAUUUGGAAGAAAUCCAGAGCAAGCGUCAGGAAAGAAAGAGAAGAAGCACAGCAAAUCCAGCCUACAGUGGACUCUUGGAAACAGAGCGGAAACGCCUUGCAUCAAAUUAUUUGAAUAACCCCUUGUUCCUUUCAACACGAGCAAAUGAGGAUCCAUUCUGGAAGAAUGAGAUCCACCAUGAUGAACACUGCACUGCUUGCAAGCGUGGUGUUAACUUGCAGCCCUGUGGCACAUGUCCCAGAGCAUAUCACCUCAACUGCUUGGACCCACCCCUCAAAACUGCCCCUAAGGGGGUUUGGGUCUGUCCAAAGUGCCAACAGAAGGUGUUAAAGAAAGACGACAAUGUGCCAUGGACUGGAACUCUGGCUAUUGUUCAUUCCUAUGUUACUCAUAAAACAGUCAAAGAAGAAGAGAAGCGAAAGUUGUUAAAGAGAAGCAGUGAGCUGAAGAGUGAGCAUAGACAGUUAGAAGAAAAAGAUCGACUUCUCAACAAUGCAGUGAAGAAAUGCUUAGAGCUAAAAACCAGCCUGUUGGCCCAGCAGAAAGGGACUCAGUCAUCACUGGAACGUCUCAAAACCCUCAUUAGACUGAUACAAAACGAGCAGAUGAUUCAGGUUACCAUGACGACCACCACCACCUCCUCCCUGCUAACUGUCCCCUGGAUCAAACCCUCCCCUGCCUCCGCUGCCAUGCACAAAGCCUUGCAGCAAUCACAGGGUAACAACUGA